AUGACUUUCUUCUUAUACAAUAUUCCUAUUCUUCUCUCACUUUCUUUCUCUUUCCUUUUUCAUGCCUUCAAGAAGAGCAUUCACCCUUUCUUUUGUUUUGCCACCACCUUCAACAACUACAAGCUUCAUCUCAAGCGCCACAAUUCAUCCACCAACAUCAUGCAUCUUCUGGAUUCCCCUCCAUUGCCAAAGCCCUCCCUUUCCCCACCAUCACUACUUGGAUUUAUCAACAAUAAUGCCAACGAAGAGAUUGAAGGGUUGGUGACUAGCAAUGAGAAUCUCGAGUUUGAAAGCAUUGAUGAGAGGCGAGUUAAUGCUGAAAUUGAUGACAAUGAAAACAAUAGUGAUAAUGACGACGAUGAAGAUAGCUGUAGGAAUGAAAGAGGAAAUUGGAGGAAAAUGAAUACAUUUCCACCCCUGCUUUCUUCGUUGAACAGGAAUGGACAACCAAGUUUUAGACUCUUACCAGUGAGAAAAAAUGGAAGGUUACAACUUAGAAAAGUUAGAAUAAAAAGAGCCAAAAUUCUAUAUGCUAUGCGACAAGAUGGACGGCUUAAAUUGUUUCUGGUUCCAGAUCGUUGUAUCUUAGAUGAUGUAGAAGAAGAAGAAGAAAAGGCAGAUAAAAAACAUGUAGAAAAGCAAAUGAAGGAAGAAGAAAAGAUAGUAGAGCCGCUAGGAGAGUUAGAGGAAAAUGGUUAUGAUGAUGUGGUUGAAGAGGUUAUUAGAAGUGAGGAAGAAGAUAUUAGGGUUGGAAAGUGGAAAUUUCCCAGUGAAAGGUUCGAGAGGUGUCAUGAAGGGGUGAAUCAUAUUCAUUCCCAUCAUGUUUAUGAAAGCCACCACCACCACCUACGUAUUUGUGAAGUUAGCACUACUUGA